CUCAGUGGGUCAGCUGGCUCCUCCAUCUGAACGGUAGCGAGAACCUCUCCCAUUGGGAGACAUCACCAUCACCUCCCGACCCGAAAAAAAAUGGCACCAGCCUCUUCAUAGUGUCGUCGUUUGUCGUUGGCGCUCUUAUUUAUUCUUCUAUUUUUUUAGUGGAUGUAUUUAUUUUGCCGGCUAGCAAUGGCUGGGCUCGGUGGCUGCGGCUGCUGAGUGGCAGGUGCGGCAUUAUCGACGAAAGCAUCUCUCUCUCCUCUCGGCAUGGCACGGGAGCGGCCACAUCCACUGGAGAGAGAGCCCUACAACGUCCGCUGUCGUUGAGGCCCUGUACUGUUCCGUUCGGAAAGACUCGACUAGCUGGGCCGUGACACGACGUGCUCUCGGCGGCAGAGGAGUAGGAGGAGUGGCCCUCUGUGUAUUUCCAUACUAUUCCAUUUCAUUCGCCGAGGUGGCUGUUAUGCGGAAUUACACGAUUCCCCUGCGUUGACCCCAAUCAAAAACAAACAAACAAACAUCCCGAGAUUCGACAAGGCUUUUGAAAGUCCUCAUCUGGAUCACCGCAACCAGCUGCAGCCGCCAAGAUGAUGGACCUACAGAUAGACGAGGUGGUCUACCAGGAUGACUACGGUUCCUGUACUGUCAUGUCGGAGCGGGUGUCAGGCCUGGCCAACAGCAUCUACCGGGAGUUUGAGCGGCUGAUCCGUAGCUAUGACGAGGAGGUGGUGAAGGAGCUCAUGCCUCUAGUGGUGAACGUCCUUGAGAACCUGGAUGCUGUGCUAUUAGAGAACCAGGAGCAUGAAGUUGAGUUGGAGCUCUUGAAGGAGGACAACGAGCAACUCAUUACUCAGUAUGAGCGGGAGAAGGCACUGCGUAAGCAGGCGGAGGAGAAAUUCAUCGAGUUUGAGGAUGAGUUAGAGGAAGACAAAAAGGACCUGCAGGUGCAGGUGGAGUUUUUGGAGCUGCAGGGGAAACAACUCGAACUCAAGUCCAAGAACUAUGCAGACCAAAUCACACGAUUGGAGGAAAGAGAGGCUGACAUGAAGAAAGAAUAUAAUGCUCUGCACCAGCGCCACACUGAAAUGAUCCAGACAUACGUCGAACAUAUCGAGCGCUCCAAAUUGCAGCAGACAGGAAGCAACAGCCAAUCGGAUGGCAGUGGACGAACUCACCGUCACACAUGGAGGAAAAGCAAAGCAGAGCGGCCGCCAUCGUUGAGCCUGUAUCCCAGCGGCGAAGGAAUGGUACGUGGGGGUCUCGGGGGGGCUAGGAUGAUGCCCGUGAAAGACAUCUGGCAGGUCAGCGUGCUCGGCCAGUCCACCCUCAGUUCAGCCUAUCAGGAGGACGGAUCGGAGUCUGACUCGGUGGCGGCCACUCCCAGCAGCACUGGAAGCAAGUCCAACACGCCCACGUCCUCUGUCCCUUCCGCCACGGUCACCCCUAUCAACGAGGGCUUCCUCCCUUCUUCUGAGUUUGAUAUGAUGAGGGCCGGAAGCCGGGGCAGGAAAAGCGCCAAGCGGCUCAGCCGAAAUAUGGAAGUCCAGGUGUCCCAGGAAACCAGGAACGUGAGCAUCGGUAUGGGAAGCAGCGACGAGUGGUCAGAGUUUCAGGAAAUCAUUGAUUCUACUCCUGAGUUGGACAUGUGUGUGGACCCUCGAGUAUACGGAGGAGGAAACAGUCCGUCGCAGGGAAUAGUAAACGAGGCCUUCGGCAUCAACACAGAUUCUUUAUACCACGAGAUCAAAGACGCCAAGUCGGACAUCAUUGGAGACGUAGAUGCCGGCGCAGAGCUUCUUGGCGAAUUCUCAGUUCGAGACGAUUUCUUCGGGAUGGGCAAGGAGGUGGAGAACCUGUUGACGGAAAACAAACAGCUCCUAGAGACCAAAAAUGCUCUCAACAUUGUUAAAGAUGAUCUUAUUGCCAAAGUUGACGAGCUGUCCAGUGAGCACGAGGUGCUCCGCGAGGAGCUUGAGGCCCUGAGGCAGUCAAAGAACAAGGUGGACGCCAAAGUCAAAGAACUGGAAGAAGAACUACGAAGGUUAAGAGCUGAGGCUCUCGGAGCAUCUCGGGACUCCAAGGAUGAAGGAAAUGAUGACUUUUCAUCACCCAUACAAGAUGGUGACAUGACCAUGACCCAGAGAAGGCGCUUUACCCGGGUCGAGAUGGCAAGGGUGCUGAUGGAGAGGAACCAGUACAAGGAAAGGCUGAUGGAGCUGCAGGAGGCUGUGCGGUGGACAGAGAUGAUCAGGGCUUCCCGUGAGAGUCCUGCAAUUCAAGAGAAAAAGAAGUCCACCAUCUGGCAGUUCUUUGCACGUCUCUUUAGCUCAUCGUCCAGUCCUCCGCCUGUCAAGCGUCCAUACUACAGCGUCAACAUUCACUACAAGUCGCCCUCACCGGCGGGCUUCCCUCAGCGCCGCAGCCACACCAUGUGUCAGAUCUCGACCUCCAACCGCACCUUGGAGUUCUUCCCAGAAGAAUUGGCCAGUAACGGUGUUGCGUCUCUCCUUAGUGACUCGGCACUGUUGGCCCGCCGUGAGCAGCGGCGGGAACAGUACCGGCAGGUGCGCGAGCACAUGCGUCGUGACGACGGCAUCAUGCAGGCCUGUGGUUGGAGCGUUCCGCCACGUUUCAAACAGAAUGGUGGUCAGACAGACAGCACUCAGGACAGCCAGCUGAAAAGACAACAGACCAACAGUGAAAAAGAGGACAACCGCAUGAAAAAUGUUCCUGUCCCGGUGUACUGUCGCCCCCUGGUUGAGAAAGACCCCAACAGGAAGCUGUGGUGUGCAGCCGGAGUGGACCUGACAGGAUGGAAAGCCAGCUGCACAGAGUCCGGACCACUUAAAGCUAUCUCUAGUGGCAGCGAUCCAUUGCAAGCGGAGGAAAACGAAGGAGGCAAGAAGAGCAAUCACAACUCUCCUGAGAAGAGAAAGUCUAAGGAGCUUCAGGAAACUGACACCAUGAGCAGCCGUGUUUGGAUUCUAACCAGCACCCACUCAGCUAGCAAGGUGGUGAUCAUCGAUGCUAACCAGCCGGGCUCACUUGUGGACCAGUUCAACGUCUGUAAUGCUCAUGUCCUCUGCAUCUCUAGCGUGCCAGCUGCCAGUGAGAGUGACUAUCCAGCUGGUGAAAUCGUAUUGGAUCCAGGUGAUGGUGGUGCAGGGGGAGGCGAGGACUCCGGCAGUGUGGAGGGUAUGUUGGCUGGUAUCACGCUAGUGGGUUGCGCCACUAACUGCAGUGUUGCCCGUAGCAACUGCUCCUCACGCACUGACACUCCCAUAAUGGACAAAGGACAAGCCCCUAUCGCUCCCCCCACAAGUAGUAAGAUUCUCCCGGCUCAGUCCGCCGAGGAGGCCACAGAGGCCACUGAAGUUCCAGAGUCCAGUCACACAGAACUUGGCUCGGCCCCUUCAGGACCGUUCAUGGAACACGUCUUCACCGACCCGCCAACUCGUUCGGCGGAAACUUCUGACAGGGCCCCUGGUCAGUCCAAAGAGGAGACGUCGGCACCUCCAGAGAUGGAAGAUGGUGGCGAAGAGGCUAAGAAUUACACCAGCAUGGCACCCACAAUGUGGCUCGGAGCCCAAAAUGGCUGGCUUUAUGUGCACUCAGCAGUUGGCAACUGGAAAAAUUGUCUCCACUCCAUUAAACUCAAAGAUUCUGUCCUCAGUCUGGUACACGUGAAAGGUCGUGUGCUUGUGGCCCUCGCUGACGGGACCCUCGCCAUAUUCCACAGAUCAGAAGACGGCCAAUGGGAUUUGUCCAACUACCACCUCAUGGACCUGGGCCGACCUCAUCAUUCCAUCCGCUGCAUGGCCGUCGUGCACGAUAAAGUGUGGUGCGGCUACAAGAACAAGAUCCACGUCAUUCAGCCCAAAAGCAUGCAGAUUGAGAAGUCCUUUGACGCCCACCCUCGACGGGAGAGCCAGGUACGCCAGCUGGCUUGGAUCGGCGACGGCGUGUGGGUGUCAAUCCGGCUGGACUCCACGCUGCGCCUCUACCACGCUCACACGCACCAGCAUCUGCAGGACGUGGACAUCGAGCCGUAUGUUAGCAAAAUGCUCGGCACCGGCAAGCUGGGCUUCUCGUUCGUGCGCAUCACAGCGCUUCUGAUUGGUGGAAAUCGCCUAUGGGUGGGAACGGGAAAUGGCGUGAUCAUCUCCAUCCCACUAACAGAGACGGUGGUCCUUCACCGGGGACAACUCCUAGGUUUGAGGGCCAAUAAGGUGUCUCCGACAUCUUCCGGCGGAGUGAUCCACGUGUACGGCGACGACGGCUCCGAGAAGAGCAACGGAAGCUUUAUCCCGUAUUGCUCCAUGGCGCAGGCGCAGCUCUGUUUCCACGGGCACCGCGACGCGGUCAAGUUCUUCGUCACAGUACCCGGCAACGUUCUGGCCACGCUGAAUGGCAGCGUAUUGGACAGCCCGUCGGAGGGUCCGGGCUCCACAGCACCCCCAGAAACUGAGGCCCAGAGCCUUCAAAAUGUGUUGGUGCUGAGUGGUGGAGAGGGUUACAUUGACUUCCGCAUAGGGGACGGCGAGGAUGAUGAGACAGAGGAAGCAGAAAGUGACGAAGCCUCACAGGUCAAACCAGCUUUGUGCAAAGCAGAGCGUAGCCACAUCAUCGUGUGGCAGGUGUCUUACAUCCCCGAGUGACAUCUUUUUCUCUCGCCGUUUCUUUCCGGCCACUGAAACUGUCAUGUAAAUCCCCGGUCAUGUAUAAGUUAUCCCUUGGCUUUAACAAUGUCUAAACCCAGGACUGUACAAGCUGUGCAUCAUCCCUCGUGCCCAGUCAACUACUAACUUAAUGCCUUGUAAAUUCCUAAUCUGCCUGCCAUUCAAUUACUGACCCCAUCAGGGCAUUCUAAAUAUCAUCGUGGGCCUUGUAACUGAGCUUCGUAACUACCUCCCUAGCCCUUCUUAUCUGUCGUGUAUUCACCCUUCAAGCAGUCUCUUCUAUAUUGUCCUGCAUCAGCCCUACGUAUGGAAGUAAGUAUGGUCCAGGAGUGUGAAUUUGGAAUUUCUGACAAUGAACUGUUUCUGCAUUGAAAUUCAGCCGCAAAAAUUGUAGUUCCGUUGCAAUGUCCAGGUAACCGGGAAGAACCAAUCGAUCCCCAUUUUAUUUCAUCAGAUGUCCAGGCAAUCAAGUUAGCUUUCUCUCGCUCUACUGGUCACAUGACAGAUUCAGGGUUAUGGACGUCAUCCUGCGGAGAAGUAAAAGCAGCAGCCGGAGGAGGAGAUGUUCGCUCAGCCAUAUCUUCAGUGGGUAUGAUGACUGACCGUACAUUAAAAGUGGGUCACAGCAUGUCGUGACUAUGGAAAUGAGACGGGGAUUGAUUGCUUCUCCCUGAGUCCUCUGGAUGUUACAAGUACGUAAAAUGAUUUGGACCGCUGAAGAUUAAAAAAAAAAAAAAAAAAAAAUUCUCAGAUUUCUUGAAAAUCUGAAUUCAGAGAUUUAAAGUCAGAAUCUUGGGCUUAAUUUUUUUUUAUCUUCAUGGGCCCUAAUCCUCUUAUGUAUGUAACAGAAUUUUUUUGCAACUGGAUUUUCACUACUGAAUUUGGUCCUCAAAAAAGAAAUACCAGUGUUAGAAAUUCUUAAUUCAGACGCCGGUGGCACAGAUUUACUUCUCCUUCCUUUAGUUUGCCACCUGGCGAACCCAAAACCCUUCAAAAAGCAGCUCGGAGCCCCUGAGAAAAUAUAUUCUAUGUACCAAAAAUACUUUUGAAAAAAUGAGAUUGACGUUAGAUUUCAUUUCAAAUUGCCAUUGGUGAUUUUCAUCUGUUAUACUUGUAGGAAUAUCAACACUUGAAUAACAAGUGAUUACAAAUGGAUGAAUUAGAUGGUGAAGGCAUGUUCACCUCACCCUUAAGGUUCGUGUUGUCUGAAAGUUGCGAGAUUCCAGGGUGAGCCUGCAGCUGCCUGAUGUAAAUUAAAACGUCUGAGGUUAUCGUGGUGCUUCAGGUGACAUAAUGCAGGUGGAUUGUUGUCACUGUGUGUACAGGGUCACUGUAAAUGUCUGCAAAGCCCAUUCUCGUCAAAAUGGAAAUUCAAGAUUCCAUCUCAGUGUGGAUUAUAAAAUAUUAAAUGUGCGUGCUGAUAAAUAGCCAAGUUGAUGUGUGUGCAUGCGUGUAAAACACAAAAGGGUCAGAUGACAAGAAACGUUUCAUUUUAGCAACUGCAAUGCAAACCAAUCGCAUAUCCUAAUUAAUACUCAUAGACUUCAUAACCUAUUGACAUGACAUGGGAAACGGGGCCAAUUCGUAGGGGGCCCAUUUUCAAAAACUUCAAAUUCAAAUAUUUUCAAAACCAAAGCUGCUACCGACCUAAAACCAAAACAGGAACCUACCUUAGCCAAAUAUGAGUCUCCAUGAGCAGUGGCAUCAAAAAAUUCAAAGUCAUUCCCUUAUAAAAUCCCGAAUAUUUUUUUUUUUUAUAUAACACAACUUAAAAUGGCUAUAAAAGUCUCAGAUUUUACAUUAGAUGCACAAAAAUCACAAAAUGCAGAGAUAAUCACCUAUAUUUUCAGGAUGGAUAGCAAUAUUCAACAUAUACGUUUUUGACCAAAAUAGCAACUUCAUUUUUUUUUUUUAUUGACAAGUUUUCAACAGCUAAUAAAUCAAUUUGAGAUAAGAAAAUUAAUACUUGAGAAAACAUGCAGAAUCAAUUAAAUAAUACAUAAAUAGAUUAUAAAUAAAUUCCAUAUACAAUCACAACUUAUUGUAGAAUAGCCCUUUAUUAUCAUUAUACACUAUAAACUGUUAGCAAAUGAGGCUGGUGGCUACCUGACGUAAACAGAGCUUUUCUGGCGAAAAUUCUUGUAAAUAAAUGCAUAAAUCCCUGAAUUCUUCAUAGAUAUGGAUGGAAAACAGUAUCAAUUCUUGGUUAAAAGCAAAGAAACCGUGCAGUUAGCUUUUAUUUUACGUAUAUAUGUCGAAGUACUAUGCUACUCUUUUAGCGAAUGAGGCUAGCGGCCACCUGACGUAAACAGAGCUUUUAUGGCGAAAUUUCUCGUGAAUAAAUGCUUAAAUCCCUGAAUUCUCCAUAGAUAUGGACGUAAAACAGUCUCGAUUCUUGGUUAAAAGCAAAGAAACCGCGCAGUUAGCAUUUAUUUUACGUAUAUAUGUCCAAGUACAAUGCUACUCUGUUAGCAAAUGAGGCUAGCGGCCACCUGACGUAAACAGAGCUUUUAUGGCGAAAUUUCUCGUGAAUAAAUGCUUAAAUCCCUGAAUUCUCCAUAGAUAUGUACGUAAAACAGUCUCGAUUCUUGGUUAAAAGCAAAGAAACCGUGCAGUUAGCGUUUAUUUUACGUAUAUAUGUCAAAGUACAAUGCUAUUCUGUUAGCGAAUGAGGCUAGUGGCCGCCUGACGUAAACAGAGCUUUUCUGGCGAAAAUUCUUGUGGAUAAAUGCUUAAAUCCCUGAAUUCUUUAUAGAUAUGGACGUAAAACAGUCUUGAUUCUUGGUUAAAGGCAAAAAAAAAAAAAAAAGUAGCAUUUAUUUUGCGUAAAUAUUGCCAACUAUGAGGCUAGUCAAUUACGAAAAUUAGCCGCCUCCAUGCGUAAACAAAGAAGAAAAUUCCUGCGAAUAAAUGCUUCAAUCACUGAAUUCUUUGUAGAUAUGGACGUAAAACUGUCUCGAUUCUUUGUUAAAAGAGCAAAACAAAACAAAAAAACAGGCAGUUACGCAUCUAUUUUAUGUAUAUGUCGACGAAUGACACCAAUGCCGUAGCGGUUUCUAUUCUCCCAUUGAUUUUAUCACAACGUUUCAAAAUGCAUGCAUGGUACGAAAAAUAUAAUAUUUACCUUCAAUCCUCAAAUAAAUCAAUCCUGAGACAAUCCUUCCUGUUUGUAUGCGGUACAGCUUUCGUAGUUCUUCAAACAUUCAAGCUUAAAUCCGACAUGUGUGUGCGCCGUCUUCGGCUAUUACUAAAUGAAGCUCGGCCCCCUAUGAUAAGGCGUGACGCAAAGAAUGACGAAAUCUCAGGUCAAUAGGUAAUGAAAUCUAUGCAGUAACAUUAAAAGGAACCUUGGACUUAAAGACUUGUAGGCUCUAAUAAGCCACAACUGUUCUGUUUUACUAAAAUAUGUUAUUGGAAACACAUAAAAUAUUGCCAUUGAUUUAAAAAUGUAAUAUUUAGUACAUGUUUUGACCUACGGAGUGCGCCAUGUUUUAUGGAUGCUCGGGGUGAUGACGUAAAUUGUCACUCACUUGACGAAUACUACCGGGUUACUGCAAUUUUUUUCUACGCGGCAAGAGGUCCAAAAAAUGCGCUCAUCAGUUAAAAGUGGCGAACACUUAAUAUAUGCGUUUUUAGUGCUGCAACGAUUAAUCGAUUAACUCGAGUAUUCGAUUAGAAAAAGAUUCGAAUUAAAUUUAGCUGCCUCUAGUAUUCGUUUAAUUAAAGUGGCGUUGUAAUGGUUUGUUUUUGAAAGUGAUUGCAUUUAGUUUUAUUGAUUUGGGUGGAUAUACUGCCCUCUAGUCUGCCUCAUUUUACAUGGCCAAAUCCAGCUGCUCCCUGUUAAGAUCAAUAAAAGCUAGGUUUUUGUUUGAGCUAAUGUUUUUUUAAUGCAUUCAUAAUUUAGUUUAAAGGUAUAUUUAGGCAAUUUUUGUGGGGAUAUGUGUCAGAAGUAUUUGUUAAGAGCAUUGUUUAGAAAAAAACAAAAACAAAACAUUCGUAUUUUAUAGCAUUUAAACUAGACUUUUGCUAUGUAAGUUAGCCAAUUUUCUUUUGUUGUACAUACACUCACCGGCCACUUUAUUAGAUACACCAUGCCAGUAAUGGGUUGGACCCCCUUUUGCCUUCAGAACUGCCUCAAUUCUUCGUGGCAUAGAUUCAACAAGGUGCUGGAAGCAUUCCUCAGAGAGUUUGGUCUAUAUUGACAUGAUGGCAUCACACAGUUGGUGCAGAUUUGUCGGCUGCACAUCCAUGAUCCGAAUCUCCCAUUCCACCACAUCCCAAAGAUGCUCUAUUGGAUUGAGAUCUGAUGACUGUGGAGGCCAUUUGAGUACAGUGAACUCAUUGUCAUGUUCAAGAAACCAGUCUGAGAUGAUUCCAGCCUUAUGACAUGGCGCAUUAUCCUGCUGAAUGUAGCCAUCAGAAGUUGGGUACAUUGUGGUCCUAAAGGGAUGGACAUGGACAGCAAGAAUACUCAGGUAGGAUGUGUCGUUCCAACGAUGCUUAAUUGGUACCAAGGGGCCCAAAGAGUGCCAAGAAAAUAUUCCCCACACCAUUACACCACCACCACCAGCCUGAACCGUGAUACAAGGCAGGGUGGAUCCAUGCUUUCAUGUUGUUGACGCCAAAUUCUGACCCUACCAUCCGAAUGUCGCAGCAGAAAUCGAGACUCAUCAGACCAGGCAACGUUUUUCCAAUCUUCUAUUGUCGAAUUUCGAUGAGCUUGUGCAAAUUGUAGCCUCAGUUUCCUGUUCUUAGCUGAAAGGAGUGGCACCCGGCGUGGUCUUCUGCUGCUGUAGCCCAUCUGCCUCAAAGUUUGAUGUACUGUGCGUUCAGAGAUGCUCUUCUGCCUACCUUGGUCGUUGUUGCCUUUCUAUCAGCUCGAACCAGUCUGGCCAUUCUCCUCUGACCUCUGGCAUCAACAAGGCAUUUCCGCCCACAGAACUGCCGUUCACUGGAUAUUUUUUCUUUUUCGGACCAUUCUCUGUAAACCCUAGAGAUGGUUGUGUGUGAAAAUCCCAGUAGAUCAACAGUUUCUGAAAUACUCAGACCAGCCCUUCUGGCACAAACAAGCAUGCCACGUUCAAAGUCACUCAAAUCACCUUCUCCAUACUGAUGCUCGGUUUGAACUGCAGGAGAUUGUCUUAAACCAUGCCUAAAUGCACUGAGUUGCCGCCAUGUGAUUGGCUGAUUAGAAAUUAAGUGUUAAUGAGCAGUUGGACAGGUGUACCUAAUAAAGUGGCCGGUGAGUGUAGAUCCUUAUAUUAUUUUUUUUAAUACUGUUUGAGGCUCAGUUCAGGUAUUUUGAUUUUUUUAUGUUCUUUAUCCGAUUACUCGAUUAUUUGAACUAACUAGCUCAUCGAUUAAUCGACUACUGAAAUAAUCGAUAGCUGCAGCCCUAGUUUUUAUUGAGUUUUUUACUACUUUUUCAUUGCCUCAAGAUACUUUUUGCAUGUGUUUCCCUCUCAUACUUUUAAGCAUUUGGGUUUUCUUGUGGUAGCUAUAAAGCAGAUUAUUGAUCUGUUGAACACAUUAGUCACGUAGCAUAUUUAAACCACCCUAUUUGAUAUUACUACGUUUAAGUUUUAUCUUAAGGCAUCUUCAGUAUGUUCUGUAUGCAUCUAAACAAAACAAGCUGAAAGCGCACUGUAGGACACUGGGUGUCAAAUUCGCCACUUGUAGGACGUUUCGCCGUGUAGGACAUUUUGGCACAUUUUUCCCCUAGUCUCGUCUCAUCCCGUCUUUGCUGUUCAUUUUGCUUUUGCUGCUCGUUUUGUGAAACAUCGACAGUGCUGUCAUGCUCAUUAAUUUUCUUCUCGGAUUCAAAUUGAAAGGGUUGAACAGAUGACAUGUUUAUGUCGCUAGAGUCAUACUCUGGAAGCCCGGCAGCGUAACCAAGUGAUGUCACCGCCCUGCGACGUCAACAACAAUGGCGACCUACUAAUUAAACUGAUUUUACAAAUUGUAGAAAAAUGAAAACAUCAAGAGGGGUUUUCAUAGGAAAUUAUUUUAACUCAUAAUAACAUUUAUCUUUUAAGAACUACAAGUUUUUCUAUCCGUGGAUCCCUUUAAAACUGAGUAUGCUUAUUCGGCAACAGACAAAUUUGGGCAUAAAACACAAAAUACUGGUUUAUAGAACAAGCUUUAAUGACGUUAUUGCAUUUUCUUUUCUCACUUUUCUGGUAAGCAAAAUCAGGAGUCAAACUAUGACUCGUUCAAUAUUUUUGAAACAAUUUUUUUUUUUUCCAGAGAGCCACUUGUCACACAAAAUUCUCGUUCAACAUUACAGCAUUUUUGAGGAAUUUCUUGUUGCCUUUCAUAUAUUAACAACUAUGCAAUUUAAGUCAUACCUCAGCUUCUUUCUUCCCGCUCAAAAUUGUACUUGUCGUAAACAGUUACACGAUUUAGUUGAGCAGCCAGUACACCUGCUCUGACAUCAGAACAUGCAAGCCACGCCAUAGCCGAGUCGUCAUCAUCAGUAGAUCCACGGCGUGCUGUGGUGCUCCCACAGCUGGAGUUCCCCGUGCUUGAACCACAAGAAGAUUUCCUUCUGAGCGCUUUGAACAGAGUCGCUGCCAUGGAUUACAUUUCUGUCAGGGAACACACAACAUCAAGACAAUCUAUUAUUCAAUUGCUCCCCAUGUUCUUUAGUUCUUGUCGACAUGCGUUGCUUCCGCAAACAACAUGGCUACAAAGGAGCUAGUUUACCAAGCACAGAGUAUGACAAAAGUCACCAUUCAUGUGAGGUUCUAAAUGGUGAUUUUAUUUAUUAAAGGAACACAAACAUUUGUUGAUCCCCUUGAACGCACCACACAAGAAGCGCAUUAAGAACUAGAGGUCGACCGUUAUAUCGGCCAGCGAAUAUAUAAAUUUUUUUCCAACAUUGACCGAUUAACAAAAAUAAGCCGAUAAAAAAGGAUUUUGAUCAGGCAUCUCUGUGGGCAACUGUGGCAGCCGCUGACUGACGUUAGGACCCUGCAGCAGCUAGAAGGCAGGCUGCUGUAGGAAGCAUCAGGUUUGCCUGUUUUGUAAAUAUUGUAGUGCUGCAGCUAUUAAUGGAUUAACUCGAGUAAUUCGAUUAGAAAAAAGAUUCAAAUUAAAUUUUGCUGCUUCGAGUAUUUGUUUAAUUAAAGUGGCGAUGUAAUGGUUUGUUUUGAAAGUGUUUGCAUUUAGUUUUAUUUAUUUGGGAUGAUACAUUGCUCUCUAGUGACAACAGUGAAUAUGAAUACUCAUUUCACAUGGCUGAAUCCAGCUGCUCCUGGUUAAGACCAACAUAAGCUAUUUUUUUAAAAUUGCAUUAAUAGUUUAGUUUAUAGGUAUAUUUAGCCGUUUUUUGUGGGAAAAUGUGUUUGAACCAUUUGUUAAGAGCAUUGUUAAAAAAAAUAAAGUUAGCAUUUUAUAGCAUUUAAGCUAGCGGACUUUUGCUAUGUAAGUUAGCGAAUUGUUUUUUUUGUCGUACUUAGAUCCUCAUUUAUUUUUUUUAGGGCUGUCAAACAAUUAAAAAUUUUUAAUCGAGUUAAUUACAGCUUAAAAAUUAAUUAAUUGUAAUUAAUCGCAAUUCAAACCAUCUAUAAAAUAUGCCGUAUUUUUCUGUAAAUUAUACAUAUAUUUUGUAAAAUAAAUUGUUGGAAUGGAAAGAUAAGACACAAGAUGGAUAUAUACAUUCCACAUACGGUACAUAAGGACUGUAGUGGGCAUUUCACUCUACU